AUGAUAAUAUUUUGUUUAGGAAACUUUUAUUGGUAUUUUUUACCCAAUAUUCCAGAAUGGUAUUUUACAGAUUUGGCAUGUCUUUGGUAUGGAAUGGUUACUGUUCCUUUUCAUUAUCAAUCAAAUCAAGAGAUUCUCUAUUCUGUUUUGAAAAGUUCUGAUACCACUGUGAUGGUUGUAGAUCGUAAUUCAUUUAAAAACAUUGUUGAAUUAAUCGAGUCAAAGGAUGACGUCAAUAUUCAAUUGAUUAUUCAUGUGGAUGAUGAUUUUGACCAAGAAUUAAGAAAUAAAUUACCGUCCAAUGUUAUCUUUAAAUUAUUUUCAGAGAUGUUGUCCGUAGCAGAAAUAACCCCACCAUCUAAAGGUAAACUUGAUAUAAUAUCAUUGUCAUAUUCUUCUGGUUCUACUGGUCUUCCAAAAGGUGUGAUUUCAUCGAAUAGAGAUUUCUUGGGAUUUAUAAAUGAGAGAUUUUUACCAUAUCCAAGAGUAGAGAUUAGUUUUUUAACUCUAGCACAUAUACAGAGAAAAUUCGAUUAUAAUAAUUUAAUGUUUGGUGGUAGAAUUGGAAUGUAUUCUGGUGAUUUCGAUUACCUCUUUGAUUUUGUAAAAGCAAUUAGACCACAAUAUUUUAGUGCUGUUCCAAGAGUUUUUAAAGUUAUUUAUUCAAAUUAUGAAUCUACUUUAAAAUCAUAUAUUUCGGAUCACACUGAAUUAUCGUUGGAACAUUGCACUUCAAAUGUUAUAGAUCAAUUUAAAACUAUACUCGGUGAUCGUAUCUCCAAUAUUGUUUAUUUUAGUGCAAAUCAGCCAAAAGUUGUUACCGAUUUUCUAAAAGAAUGCUGGAAAGGUAUAGGCAUUUAUAAUCUAUAUGGUUCCACCGAGACGAUGGCCAUAGCUCUGAAUGAGAGAGUAGUUGCAAAUACUGAAUACCGAUUGGAAUCAGUUCCAGAAUUGGGAUUCACAAUAAAUGAUAAACCAUACCCAAGAGGUGAACUAGUUGUUUGUUCGAACAAGGUAUCGGUUGGAUAUUAUAAAGACAAGGCAGCUACAGAUCUAGUAUUUAAAGAUGGUUGGUAUUACACUGGUGAUAUCGUUGAAGAAUAUGCACCAAGAUCAGUCAGAGUUAUAGAUAGAAAGAAGAAUUCAUUCAAAUUGAUGAAUGGUGAAUUCGUUAGUACUGAGGUUAUUGAAUUACUUUAUUUAAACUCACCAUUAAUCAAGAAUAUCUAUGUUUAUGGUGACCUUAGUCAAUCAUUUUUAGUUGCAAUUGUUAUUCCAUCUCAAUUUGCUUUGGAUAAGAUCAAUUCAAACGAUAAUAAUUUCAAAGAUAAUAAUCAAUUGAAAAGAUUAAUACUUGAUGAUUUUGAAAGAAUUUCUCAAUUAAACAAGAGUUCAAAUUAUGAAAUUCCAAAGAUUAUCACUCUUGACCAUACAAAUUGGAAUAUAGAUAAUAAACUAUUAACGCCCACUGGUAAACCCAGCAGACCACACCUUGAUAAAUAUUAUAAAGAAGAUAUCGAAUCGAUGUAUAACACUUUGAAUUCGAUCCAAGAUGGUCUUUCAUCAGAAUCCAAUGAUAAAACAAAUCUGUUGUUUAAUUAUCUUAAAUCAGUUCUGGGACUUGAUUUAGAUAAUAUAUCUGAUAUGGAUUUAUCAAAGUUAUCAUUUUCACAAAUAGGAGGAGAUUCAAUUGGCGCUGUUAAACUAUCAAAUCUUCUCAAAGAUAAAGCGAAAAUAGAUGUUAAACCUCAGCAAAUUUUAGAUAAGAAUGUCAAUUUAAUUGAUAUCUUCAAGAAUAUUAUCAAAAACAAUGAAAUCAAUUGGGAAGAUGAAAUGAAAUUGGAUGAUUCAAUUCAAACCAAUGGAAAAUCAAUGAAAUCAAGUGGAUUUAACAAUAUAUUCUUGACUGGUGCAACUGGAUUCAAUGGUUCAUUCUUAUUGUAUGAUCUCAUUAGAAAUCAAAAUAUUUCAAAAGUAUUUUGUUUGAUAAGAUCAUCAGGUUCACAAUCAGAUGCAAGAAGUAAAUUGGUUGAGAUCAUCAGAUUAAAGAAUAAUAUGAUGAUCAAAGAAAAUGAAAUUUCAAAAAUUUAUCCAAUCAUUGGUGAUUUAGAAUUACCAUUAUUCGGAUUGAAUAUCAAUGAAUUCAUUGAUCUUUCAAAUCAAACCGAUCUUAUCAUUCAUAAUGGUGCAUAUGUUCACUUGAUGAAUCCAUAUUCAAAUAUGAAAAUGGCAAAUGUUAAAGGCACUGAGGAAGUAUUAAGACUAUCUACAAUUGGAGACCAUAUCAUACCAGUUUCACAUAUUUCCACAAUUGGAACAUUCCACCAAUUCAAUCAAGAAAUCGAUGACACCAAACAACCAAGUUUAAACAAUUUGAAUUCAAUGUCAGGAUACUCACAAUCGAAAUUGAUUGCCGAGCAACUCAUUCAUAAAGCAUACCAAAGAGGAUUCCCAAUCAUUAUUUUCAGGCCAGGUGUCAUCUAUAGCCAUACAGAAACAGGUGUUGAUAAUUCAAAUGAUUUCAUUAGAUUGGUAUUGUCUGGAAUAUUACAUCUUGGAUACUAUCCCGAUCUUUCCAAUGAAAAGGUAAACCUUUUGAAUCUGUCACCAGUUGAUUGGGUUUCAUCGUCAAUAAUCAAUAUUUCCUUGAAUAGAUCAUGGAAUGACGCUGAUAACAAUGAUAUGACACCAACAUUCUUGUUGACAAAUCAGAAAUCAAUCACAUUCAAUGAUUUUUGCUUAUCAAUGAACAAAGUUUAUCCUAUUGAAAUGAUAAGUCUUCCAAGGUGGACUGAACUUUUAUUGGCGCAAACAAACAACCCAUUACAACCAAUGUUUAACGCGUUCAAUAAGAUGAUACCAACACUUUCACAAUAUCCAAUCGAUAACAAUAAUACAACUAAUACUAUUCUUGAAUGUCAUGGAUAUUCAUGUCCGUAUAUCAACGAAUCAAUUAUCCACAAAAACAUUCAACAUAUUUUAAAAUGUGAACAACACUAA